AUGUCAAGCUUACCCAAGAAGGCGAUCUCUGCUAUGACCACAAGGGCCACAAAGAAAGGCAUCAGAUUGCAUCAGAUCGGCGAUGAUCUUGGUGCGGGGAAGGAAGGCGGCGGCGUGCUGGAGGUCGAGCAUCUCACCGCGGAGCUUCUCUGGUUUGGCAUUGACGAGGACGAGCUCGUCGGCCAGGUCCUGGGUGAGGAUGAAAGGCGGGUGUUUGGGUACGUGGAUAACGGUGUCCUCGUGGAAGAGGAUGAGGGAUUGCGGCGUGAUUUGGGAACAGCGAUAACCUUAAUCCCGGAUUGGACUAAUCCAGGCAGAGUAUAUGUGAAGCUGGAGAGGCACGGAGAACACCAAGAGCCCCAGGGCAUCUCGUACCCUGGGACUGGUUCUUCCUCUUCUUCAUGGCCCCCCGUCGAUCCCCACCAUAACCAUCAUAACCACCACAAUCACCACCGCGAUUCCAACCACUACGACGACCACCACCACCAUGGCAACCACUCAAAUGGCUCGUUCCAUCCGGUGCCUUUUUCUGUACGCAAAAGGGCUUGGCAUCCUUCUAAUCAAGGACCUUCUCCAGAUAACGUUGAAAGCGCCUUCCAUGUAAAACUUUAUGUUGCACAGGUUUCCAGAACAGCGACUGAGGAAGUUAUUCGCCCGUUGUUUGAACAAUAUGGAAGUAUUACUGAGGUUGUUAUUUUGAGGGAUAAGAGGACAGGCCAACAACAAGGCAGUUGUUUCGUGAAAUAUGCAACACUAGAUGAAGCAGACAGGGCUAUCGCCGCCUUGAAUAAUCAGCAUUAUUUUCCUGGGGAAGUUCUACCAAUCACAGUUAAAUAUGCCGACUGGGAAUUGGAACGCCUUGCGGGACUUGACAAGUUGUAUGUGUGUGGCCUGAACAAGGAAGCUUCAAGGAAAGAAAUUGAGGAAAUAUUUUCGCCAUAUGGUUUUGUUGAAGAUAUCUACAUUUUGCGUGAUGAGAUGAGGCAGAAUCGUGGGACUGGAUUUGUGAAGUUUUCCCAUAAAGAUAUGGCUCUGGAAGCAAUCAAAGCAUUAAAUGGAACCUUCAUUAUGAGAGGUUGUGCUCAGCCGUUAAUUGUUCGCUUUGCAGAUCCUAAGAAACCGAGGGGAAUAGAAUCAAGGGGCAAUUAUUUAUUUAGCAACACAAACAUUGUUCCCCACUCUCAAGAACCAGUUGUUAGGCCAGUAUCUGAUCAUGGUGAUUCCACUGGAGGGUAUAAUAUACAUAAUGCAUCGUAUCCUGUUCAACAAGCUUCACACCCGCCUAUUUCCCAAUUGGCAAACCAUGAACCCCAGGCUUCUAGUGUCAUACAACCACCAUUUCCUCCAUCAAAGUCACCUUCACAGUUGUGUAGGAUGCCUUUACAACACACACAAAUUACGCAUUCUCGGACUUCUCAAGUAGAAGUUAAUGAGACCCAGAAGCAGCAUCUGACGCAACCAUCAGGGCAAAUUAUUGGGCAGCAGCAGAGUUCUCAGACAGUUGCUAGCAAUUCUCUCUCAGCGGCAGUUCCUUCAAAUCACGAGAUAGCAGCUUUCAUAGAGUGUGACUGGAGUGAACAUAACUGCCCUGAUGGAUACAAGUAUUAUUAUAAUUGUGAAACUUGUGAAAGCAGAUGGGACAAGCCUGAGGAGUUUGCCUUAUUUGAGCAAGCAUUGCAGAUGCAGACGCAGCAGCAAAAUCCUUCUCACCAUCUUAAAUCUAUGUCGUCGGUUCUUUCUACCCAACAUAGUGCUCAAACACAGCAGGAACUGGAUCAUGUGCAAAUCCAGCCAGAAACAAAUCCUGUUGUUGGCCCAACCUGUGUUUGACAGAAUGGCCAAUUUUUCCAUUCUUAAAGAAAAAAAUGGCAUGCAACCCCGUCCCAGUCCUUGGAGGAUUGAAUCAUCGGUAAACUGUUGGUACAUUUGCAAGAUUGUGACAUUACUGGUUCACUCCCUAUGUCCUUUUUUCCCUCAAUUUUAUUUUAUUGUUGAAGUCACUGCGAUUAACGCAAAUUGAAGAGUUGCUAGUGCUGAGGGUGACUAUUGUACACAAUGAAUGCAAUCCAGCGCAGGGGGACCAUAUUGUGUGAAUGUAACAUUUUCCCCACUCUCGGGUCAAGAUGCAAACUUCUGCGAACUGUACUUUAUUGGUCAUUUCAAUUUAUCUUCUCAUCUUAAGCUGCUGCUGUAGGAAAGAGCAUCCAGAAGCAUUUAAUUGCUGAACAAUAGUGGUGGAAGCUUAGAACAGGGUGUAAUAUGUAUUAGACACAGGUGUAGAAAUGUUGCCAUCUACGCUUAAAUUAUGGAGUCUUUAAUCUCAUGCAAUCGGCUUGUUACUUGCCCGGAGAUUUGUAUCAUAAACCAGUUAUUUACAUAACAUGAAGCAUAUUAUGUACUUUUUUGUCAUACUGCCGCUGGCUGAAACAACUUAACAGUAGUUGACAAAAAAGCUUUCAUGCCCAUAUUUUGUGAA